AUAUAUGGGAGUUGGAACGUUUCAAGUACCCAUGGCCGACUCCAGAUAUGGUUAUCCACCGAAACCAUCGAGUGAAAGACUUGCUGGCCGCUGCUUCCGAGACCCCGGUGAAGCAGUUCGUCUUUGUGCAGUGUCUGAAUGAUUCCCCUGACGAAGCAAAAUGGGUUAUGAGCCUAGCCAAAGAGAAUCCUUGUAUCAAAGGCAUCGUCGCUGGUUUAGAUCCAUCCUGUCCACAGUUCGGGGAACGCCUGAAGGAACUGAAGGCGGACGUACCUCUGCUCGUUGGCAUACGGCACAUAAUGGACCUCGAAACUCACCAGGAAGAAUUCUUUAUGAAGGAUGAAGUGGCCGUUAGCAUGAAGGCUCUCGCUCGCCAGAACCUAACAUACGAUCUUCUUCUCAGGCCUCCACUUGUCAAAGCAGCAACAGUUCUGGUAAGCAAAUCACCUGAGUGCAAAUUUGUCGUUGACCAUCUGGCAAAACCUUACAUUGCCAAAGGAAUAUUUGAUCCGUGGUCCGAGCAAAUGACAGAGCUGGCUCGCUACCCAAACGUCUACUGCAAAUUGUCAAGCAUGAUAACAGAAGCGGACUUAGAGAAUUGGAAAACAGAUGAUUUUCGACCAUAUGUAGAGCACAUGCUUAAAGUAUUUGGACCUGACCGCCUAAUGUUUGGAUCCGAUUGGCCAGUUUGCCGCCUGGCACGUAGCACAGAUUAUGGGACAGUGUACAACACCCUCAGGCAACUUUUGUCACAUCUUCCUGAAGAUCAGCUGGAGAAGAUAUUUUGUUCCAACGCCAGGAGAUUCUACAACAUUCCCUAAGGAGCAGUCCAUGAUUCUUGAAAUCUUGCCUUAGAGCAUAUUUCAUUUGUUAGGAAGUAGGAUGUACUGACAGACAGACAGACGGUAGUGUUUAUUUUUAUAUAUUGUAAGUCAAAAUGUCAUUUCAGUUUUUAAUGACCCAGCUCUUUGGCUCCCUCAAAAAAGAAAAAAGAAAAGGAUUAAAAUACAUGCUCUACCUUGAAUACAGCAUUAUUUCUCAGCUCAGAGAAUUAAUAGGACGCUACAAUACGGCUUCGAUGGUGUUUUUACUUUGAACAAGUUUGCAAUAAGCACUACUUUGAAGUUACCACUUGAGGCUUUUAAAGAUGAUCCUUAAUUUUUCAUCAAUGCAUUCGACAUGCUGUGUUAUUUCUUAAUUAUGACGAGGAAGUGUUUCGCCUUGGAUAAAAUAAUUAUAUAUGAAGUAUAUCGUCCGAUACAGCGCUUUGAUUUCAAGUUGUCACUCCUGCUAAUUAAAUAUUUCACUUUCAGUAGAUCCACAGUUAGUCGGGAUAGUUGGACAUCACGAUUAUAUUGAUGCGCUUUUUAGUAGAACUGCAAAUUAGCGAUCUCUUUCGAGAGCCUCUCUAAUUAGACCCAAGUUCCUAUCUUCCUCCACGUACCUUUCCAACAUAAAAUGUCUUAUAUGAUUACCUAAGUUUAUGACACAGUCGUUAAUAAUGUUAGCUAUUGAUAUGAACUGGUCUAGGAUGUGUAAAAAUCGUGAUCUGAGGCUGUCUUGACUGCUGGACGAAAUUCACUCAUGAAAAUGACGUUACAAUUUGACCGUCAUCAUCAAGUUACUCUGGAUAUAACCCGUUUUAUAAAGUAGUGUUUAAAAUACUUAAGAAUUGCCGACGUUUACUCUAUUGAAUUCUGUCUUGUCCUAAAUAACCCUAAAUAAAUGAGAAUUAUUCAGA